CGGGUUUGCCAAACAAAAGAGAUAACAACUUUGGCAGUCUGUGUCUGUGCUUUAUCUGAUCGCAAAUGAUAUGAUAUAUCUUCGAUGCUUUUUCAUAGGACAUAGAUGACGUCUCGCGGCUACUUGAUUGAAACAACCUCCAGCUCCCUGCUCCAGCCCAGCCAAGCCAGACAAUCUUAAAGAGGCAGCAGGGAGGAAGGGAGAGAGCGCGCAGCAAACUCACAAAAGUCGAAUCGAAACUGCACCUGCGAUCAAGUGCGUAGACUGCGUAGUAGUAGCAGCAAAGCGAAAGCGAAGCGAGUUCGUGCCGUGUUGGGACCUGGGACUUGGGUUGGGAGAUAGGGUGACUGGCGACUGACGAUUGGGUCGCGCAUCUCCGACGACUCCGACCCCGACCUCCGAAAAGGGAAGAGAGAAACACAUUACGUUUAGAGUGUUUAGACUGUUUCGAGCGCAUUGCAGAUUGCAGAUUGCAGAUUGCAGCGUUCUCUCGGCUGCGGCCUCUCAACAAUAAACACUUGGCGUUUGGCGUUUGCCGAUCGUUGAAAGAUGCACAUCACCUGCAAGUGCCUGAACGUGUCCAUCAAGUCCAGGAGCGCCGACGUACAGCGGAUUAACGUCGAAUUGACCGACUUGGAGCGCGCCGAUGCCUUUUUUCGCGAGAAUCUGGCGAGUGUACCGGAAUUGGAAACUAUUACUAAAGAACAACCUGGUUUAAUGGAAAUAAGGAAUGUUGGGUCAUGGAUUAUACACCGUUGCUACAAUUGCUCAAUGUAUACUCAUGCGGUCCAUAGAGAAUACGGUGCUGCUCUAGUCCUUAUCAAUAACAAUAUUCUUUUAUCUCCCGAAGAAAUAAAUAAAUUAAAAUCCAAUCCAGAUUAUAGUCCGGUGUUUAGGAUAGUAAUUAAUCACAGUUUGGAAGAUCUCGACGACUAUCUGCAGCAGCCUACGAAGUUUUCUGUUUCACAAUUACCUAACACGGUUCAAGUGGCCCUAGAUGGUUUACAACGACAGCUCGAGGAAGCUGUACAACGUCAAACAAUGGCGAUAGAAGAUAAAAUACGUGCGUUUACUGCGGAGCAGUAUCAAUUGCUGGAACAAUUUCGUGAAAGAGCACACAACGAACACAGACUGUUAUCAAAAAUAGCGUGUAGAGGAGAAGAGACAAGUAGAAUAACCAAUAACAUAGAAACUCCACCAACGACUCCUGACGGCUUUAAAGGUUCCUUGACUACCUCCACUGCUAAUACAGUGAAUCCAAAGUCUAAUAUAAUAUUUAAUGACACAAAAGUGUCUAGUGGCCCAAACGUUAAACACGAGACAACCACCAGACACUCUUCUGAAAGCACCAUUAAUAAUGAAAGUUCGAGAAAAAAAGAUCCGUUAUAUAUUUGUACUAAAGAAUCAGCUAGCUUCGAUACAGAAGCAUUGUUUCCUUUCGAAGGAAUGGAGGAGACAGACGCAGCCAGCCAACAGCUUCUGUGGUCUUCGGAAGAGGGGUCUGAUACCGAUGAUUCAAGCCAAAAUGAAGGAAUUCAUAUGCCAAGAGGUCAACGGGAUGGUCAUUCCACAUUAGCUAAAUCAUUACCCGUCACCGUACCCGUUUUUCCUUCUAUCGGUCAUCGCGCAGUACAGAAUCAAGACGAUGACCAGUUGCCAACCGAUCCGCUAGAUCCACACAACAUUCGAGCUUCGAUUAAAGCCUUAGCUAAAAGCGUCCAUGGUGAUACAGUAUUUGGAGAUUUACCACGUCCCAGAUUUUCUACUCAGAUCUGAUUUAUCAAGUAUGAUGAGAGAAAUUCACUCAUCAUUUCUUAAUUUUUUGAUACAAUAUAUCAUGGUCCUUAUCGUCCUCAUCAUCCGUCAUUUGUCUUUCAUACAAAAGUUGCAAGAAGUUUAUGUAUACUUGGAAUAAAUAUGGCCGAUUUUGCAGACAA